AUGCCAUCAUCAUCAUCAUCUUCUUCUUCCAAUCCCAUAGUCCUCUCUCCAUCUACUCCAUCCGAACUCCUCCAAUACAUCGUCACCCAUCACAGACACCCAACCACAAUCCUCAUCGGAUGGCCCAAGCACACAUUCGUCGAAGCCCUCGCCGAGGACGUCAACCUGCAGCUCUACCUCCAAGCACAAACAGCAGCCGAGAAUAGCGACAGAAACAAAGAAGAAACACCAUUACUAUCUCCAAAUCAUCCUCUACAGCGCAAAACUCUGCUUCAAACCGCCGUCUCACGGCACAUCCGUCUCCUAUUCGUCCCCAGCAGCACUCAUCUCCGCGCUUUUCUCGGUACUUUUUCCGCCUCAGAUUCCAAAAUAUCGCCUCCGCCAUCACAAUCAUCAUCAUUAUCAUCAUUAUCGGACGCAAAUGUUUCCGAGCCACCAAUGCUCAUUGUCUACGGCUUCUUGGAACUUCACCGCGACAGCAUCGAGUGGUCAGCUCAAGGCGUCGGCACCACAGCGACGUAUCUCAUUGAAGCAGCUGCGAGAAACUCCUUCACAGCAGCUGUGGUAGAGCCCAGAGGUGCCAUGGGUUUUGAUACUCUGGACGAGUUUUUGGAUGAAAGCGUGCCCAUUUUAAGCGGCACUGAUAUGAAGAGUGAUGGGACGUGGAGUGGACGCACAGUUCCGGUUAAAAGAGUGCUCGCUCGCUGGUUCGAGUUUGAGCGGCAAGACAGAGGAUGA